CGCGUGCUCCCGCCCCUCGCCGCCGCUCGCUCGCUCGCCGGCCGGCGGCCUCGGCUGGGCCCCCUCCCUCGGCUCCGGUGCGCGGCGGCCGACGACCCGCGCGGCCUGGGCCUCGGCCCGCGCCACCGGCGCCCGCGCGGAGCGGCCCGGGGGCCCUCACGCAGGCCCAUGGCGGCGGCCGCGGCGGCGCUCUCGGGCGCGGGCACGCCACCCGCGGGCGGCGGGCCCGGGGGCGGCGGGUCCCCGCCGGGCGGCUGGGCCGUGGCGCGCCUGGAGGGCCGCGAGUUCGAGUAUCUGAUGAAGAAGCGCUCGGUGACCAUCGGCCGCAACUCGUCGCAGGGCUCGGUGGACGUGAGCAUGGGCCACUCGAGCUUCAUCUCCCGGCGCCACCUCGAGAUCUUCACGCCCCCGGGCGGCAGCGGCGGCGGCGGCCAUGGCGGGGCCGCUCCGGAGCCGCCGCCCGCGCAGCCCAGGCCCGACGCCGGCGGCGACUUCUACCUGCGCUGCCUGGGCAAGAACGGCGUGUUCGUGGACGGCGUGUUCCAGAGGCGCGGGGCGCCGCCGCUGCAGCUGCCGCGCGUGUGUACAUUCAGGUUCCCGAGCACAAACAUCAAGAUAACGUUCACUGCCCUGUCCAGCGAGAAGAGGGAGAAGCAAGAGGCGUCAGAGUCUCCGGUGAAGGCCGUGCAGCCGCACAUCUCACCCCUGACCAUCAACAUUCCAGACACCAUGGCCCAUCUCAUCAGCCCUCUGCCCUCCCCUACAGGAACCAUCAGCGCUGCAAACUCCUGCCCCUCCAGCCCCCGGGGAGCGGGGUCUUCAGGGUACAAGGUGGGCCGAGUGAUGCCAUCUGACCUCAAUUUAAUGGCUGACAACUCACAGCCUGAAAAUGAAAAGGAAGCUUCAGGUGGAGACAGCCCGAAGGAUGAUUCAAAGCCACCCUACUCGUAUGCACAACUAAUAGUACAAGCAAUUACAAUGGCGCCCGACAAACAGCUCACCCUGAAUGGGAUUUAUACACACAUCACUAAAAAUUAUCCCUACUAUAGGACAGCGGACAAGGGCUGGCAGAAUUCAAUUCGCCACAAUCUCUCUCUGAAUCGUUAUUUCAUCAAAGUACCGCGUUCCCAGGAAGAACCAGGCAAAGGCUCAUUCUGGAGGAUAGAUCCCGCCUCUGAAAGCAAAUUAAUAGAACAGGCUUUUAGGAAAAGACGGCCUAGGGGCGUGCCUUGCUUUAGAACCCCUCUGGGACCGCUCUCUUCUAGGAGUGCCCCAGCCUCUCCCAAUCACGCUGGAGUGCUGUCUGCUCACUCUAGUGGCGCCCAGACCCCUGAGAGCCUGUCGAGGGAAGGUUCGCCGGCCCCCCUGGAGCCUGAGCCUGGCACCGCGCAGCCCAAACUCGCUGUCAUCCAGGAAGCCCGAUUUGCCCAGAGCGCACCAGGGUCACCUCUGUCCAGUCAGCCAGUCUUAAUCACCGUCCAGCGGCAGCUACCGCAGGCCCUCAAGCCUGUCACCUACACUGUAGCCACCCCGGUGACCACCUCGGCCGCCCAGCCACCCGUCGUGCAGACGGUUCACGUCGUCCACCAGAUACCAGCAGUGUCGGUUGCCAGCGUGGCCGGGCUGGCCCCAGCGAGCACGUACACUGUCUCUGGACAAGCCGUGGUCGCCCCUGCAGCUGUGCUGGCCCCUCCCAAGGCAGAGCCCCAGGAGAACGGAGAUCACAGGGAAGUCAAAGUGAAAGUGGAGCCUAUUCCCACCAUUGGCCAUGCCACGCUAGGCACUGCUAGCCGGAUCAUCCAGACGGCACAGACCACCCCGGUCCAGACGGUGACCAUAGUACAACAGGCACCUCUAGGUCAACACCAGCUGCCGAUAAAAACUGUAACGCAAAACGGCGCUCACGUGACGUCUGUCCCCACUGCGGCCCACGGCCAGGUGAACAAUGCAGUGGCGAGUCCUUUGCACAUGUUAGCGACGCAUGCGUCUGCAUCAGCCUCCCUGCCCACAAAGCGCCAGAACGGCGACCAGCUGGAGCAGCCGGAGCUGAAGCGGAUCAAGACCGAAGACGGCGAGAGCAUUGUCAUUGCCCUGAGUGUGGACACGCCACCGGCAGCCGUAAGGGAAAAGGGUGUCCAGAACUAGUGACCGGGAGCUUUUCUUCAACAGUAUCGACUUUGUGGUGCCAAAAGGAGACAUCGCCUCCCGCCAGCUCUCGGUGGGUGCAGGGCCCUGUGGUUGGACUUCACCUCUCAGCACUGAAAACACAAAACCCAGGUGGCCUUAAAACUCCUUAAUUUAGACAGAAGUCACACUUGAACAAAAACCACACACAACAAAACCUGAUUUUGGAGACAGUGUCUCCCCCACUGAGCACCUGCUGGGCCGUUGCCUUUAGGCUCAUCUUUUACCUACGAGUGAAACUCUCGGUCCUCCCAGGAGGACCAGGCAUCGCAUGUGGGGACGGCGCAGUCAGUCCUAGGUCCUCGGGACGUGGGGGGAGCCCUCCCCACCGCCCUCACAGGACCCACCAGGCAGCGGGGACCAGACGGUGUUCUGUUGCUCACAUGUGGAGUUAGAGUAUUUUGAGGUGUACUUUCUUUACAGAAUCAUGGGGUCUUGGGCAUUUCACAUCACUCCAUUUCUACUCAGACUUCUGGAAUCACACAGGACCUUUCAGUGGAUUUCAUUUGGGGAAAUGACACAACGUAGCUUUUUGUUUUCAGCCUAUGGAAUGAUUUCCUUUUGUCUGUCUUGUUAAAGUUCAGAUGAAGCUACUCUGUGGCAGCUGCGCGUUUCCAUGUUACAGCAGCUGCCUGAUGAAUUUCAUCCACCUCCGUUUCAGCAUGUGGCUCCCGUGGACAGGUGGACGGACGCUGUGGCCACGUGGAACCCUGAGAGCCCAGGGACAAGCUGGUGCUGGGAAGGAGCUGCCGGGACUCGCCUAGCUGCACUUAACUGUUCCCUUUUGGCCAUUUUUUGUUGUUUCUUUGUGUUGACUUUGUCCCUGGCAAAAUUUUCCACUCUGAGUAAAACAAGUCUCCUGAGUAUUGUGUAUGUUUAAAACGACAGAACCAUUACUUCAUUUGAAAAAAAAGAUUCAGUCUUUUAUCACAGGCCCUUUUGAAACUCAGAUCCCAGGUCUCUCGUGGUAUGUUUGUAUUUUGGGUGUCCUCCCAGCUCUAGGCGCCCUCCAGCCCAUCCACGGCGGAGCAGCGGCCGAGCGCGCCCUGCAGGGGACGUCUGGGCAUUUCCUGAUUUUCGGCAGAAAACGUCCUGACCUUUCAGAACUGAAGCCAGUCCUGAGGCUGACUCCUCUACAGAAGACAGAGAGAGAGGAGGGGGUGAGGGAAGGAGUGGGAGGCCCCGCGCCCCUCGCCCGGCUCCCCUUUCCCGAGUGAGCGAGGGUGCCGUGCCAGCCGAGGGCCGAGCAGUGCGCUUGGAGCAAGGGCGGCAGCCUGGUGCGAGAUUUUUAUUGUCAUCAUCGUAACGUUAUUUAUUUAAAUGUAGUUAUUUUGGUAUUUAAUUUUUUUUAGAGAGGAAAACCGUAUUUUCCUGGUGGGAUGAAAUGGCUCAGAAUGGUAUAUUUAGGCAAUUUAAAAACUAUUAUUUACAUAAAGACCAAAUAUGAUGAAUCUGUUGGGUGAAUUGUGUGUGGCCCUCAGCAUGGGGCUGUGGCAGCGUCACUGUCGUGACGCAUGUUGAAUGAAAUUACUGCACACUAGCUGGAUUAUAACUCGGCCGUUUCAGAAAUAAAGACGAAAGCAUCACGUGACUGAGACCGUGUGUGUGAGCGCAGCAGCCUACAGCGUGUGGAGGGCGCGACCCUUGGUGCAGCCGUCUGCAUCUUCCAAGCACUUUACAGAUACCUUGGAAUGUAUAUUUUUGUCGUCUUACUCAGAGGUUUGCACUUUGUAAGAGAAUUAGGAUUCUGCUGUGUCCUGUGUGGGGUCAGGUCCCUCCACAGAGGGUCUAGCUCUUGGUCACAGCUGUGGGGUUCUCUGACAGGAGACCCGCUCUCGAGCAAGGUCACCCAGUGGGAGCGUGGCUUGGACACCACGCGGAUGCGUCGUAUGUUCUGCUGGGGACGUUUUUAUGCAGCUGUGUGUGGAGUCAGGUGGAUUUUCCCUGUGUAAGCUCGGUCCGGGAACGGGUGACUUCUGAUCCUGGAACGUGGACUUUGUAGGUCUGGAUCUGGAUCUGUUGGGAUCACAGGUAAGGAAAAUGCCCAAGUCUAAAUGUUAAAGAAGUUUUCUUUUUUGCUGUAGGCAGCAUUCUGCAUCUGGAACGCAGGCUCAAGUGUGCCUCUCGCGGAUGGGGGGCCUGUGCGCUCCCCUCUCCUCACUGCCACGUUCGCAUGGCGUUUUCAUGGGUACGUAGGAUUUAAGAUCAAGGCGAGAAAGACUAGGUUAGCAGACUCCCACACCCAGGUCUUCUUGCCAGUCUUUGAGGCACUUUUACACUUUGGGCUCUGAUCCCCCAGGAACUUGAGCACAGCAAGGGUCGCUGAGCUGCUGUCGCCGCAGGCCUGGCUCCAGCCCCCGGUGCUGGGGCUGCAGCACCUCAGCUGCGUCGCAGUGAACUCCCAGCUCUCCACUGUGUUCCUCCGUGUCUUGUUUUCAGGAAGUCUCUGCUUUGACCUUUGCCAAACUUCUGAGCUCCUCAGGGACUAGACUGAAUUUCAGUAGCUUUGCCCUGAACCAAACGAGAAACCAACGGGGACUCACGUGUGGCCCGCGGUACGUGGUGCGCUGGGUGCACGUGGCAGGAUCCCUGGCCUGCCCUCUUCUCCCUGCAGUGGAGGGCGCCUGUGGACAGCUGGUCUCCUUCAGUCUCCUGCCCACUCCGUCAUUGUCCUCCGCUGGAAUAACAGAGUAGUUGGUAGUCGUGGCCAGAAGCGGGGAGGGGGCAGUGUCAGGACUUGGGAUUUCUGUGCUCUGUGACACAAGGAGAUGAGUGACUGACAAUCUUCAGGUCCUAACUCCACUAUUCCGGAAGGCAUAGUGGUGAUUUGUGUGCAAAGGUUUGAAAUUUUAAAAAAGUACCAAGUUCCUGAAAUUCAAUAAAAUAUUUUUAUUAAUUUUAA